AUGUCAGUGCAAAUAUUUAAUGAUCAAGCCACUGAAGAAAGGGCAGAAAAUGCACGUAUGUCUGCAUUUGUUGGUGCCAUUGCCGUAGGCGAUUUGGUUAAAUCUACAUUGGGACCAAAAGGUAUGGAUAAAUUAUUACAAAGUGCCAGUAAUCCUGAUUCGGCUUUAGUCACCAAUGAUGGUGCUACAAUUUUGAAGUCAAUUCCAUUUGACAACCCAGCUGCUAAGGUAUUAGUUAAUAUUUCCAAAGUUCAAGAUGACGAAGUUGGUGAUGGUACCACUUCAGUUACAGUUUUGAGUGCUGAACUAUUGAGAGAAGCCGAAAAAUUAAUUGAUCAAAAAAUACAUCCUCAAACUAUCAUUGAAGGUUAUAGAAUUGGUAGAAACAUAGCCAUUGAAGCUUUAGACAAAGUUGCUGUCAAUAAUGGAGACAACCCAGCCUUGUUUAGAAAAGAUUUAUUAAGUAUUUCCAGAACCACUUUAUCAUCAAAGAUUUUAUCCCAAGAUAAAGAACUAUUCUCAAAUUUGGCCGUUGAUGCUAUCUUAAGAUUGAAAGGUUCUACCAACUUGAACAAUAUUCAAAUUAUAAAGAAAGUAGGUGGCAAAUUAUCCGAUUCGUAUUUGGAUGAAGGUUUUAUAUUGGAAAAGAAGUUUGGUAUUAGUCAACCUAAAAGAAUCACCAAUGCCAAGAUCUUAAUAGCAAACACUUCAAUGGAUACUGAUAAAGUAAAAAUCUUUGGUGCAAAAUUUAAAGUUGACUCUACCUCUAAAUUGGCAGAAUUAGAAAAAGCCGAGAAGUUGAAAAUGAAAAACAAAGUCGAAAAGAUCAAAAAAUUUGAUAUCAAUGUUUUCAUUAACAGACAAUUGAUUUAUGAUUACCCUGAACAAUUAUUCACAGACUCCAAGAUAAACACCAUUGAACACGCUGAUUUUGACGGGGUUGAAAGAUUGGCCCUAGUCACCGGUGGGGAAGUUGUCAGUACAUUUGAUAAUCCAGAAAAUGCUAAAUUGGGUUAUUGUGAUUCAAUAGAGGAAAUUUUAAUUGGUGAAGAUGUUUUCCUUAAAUUUUCUGGUGUUGCCGCUGGAGAAGCCUGUACAAUUGUUUUGAGAGGUGCAACUGAACAAGUUUUGGAUGAAGCAGAAAGAUCAUUACACGAUGCCUUAUCAGUGUUGUCACAAACAACUAGGGAAACUAAAACUGUAUUAGGUGGUGGAUGCUCAGAAAUGUUGAUGGCCAAGGCUGUUGACCAAGCUGCUGCUAAUGAAACUGGUAAAAGGGCAUUGGCAGUGGAGGCUUUCAGUAGGGCAUUGAGACAAUUACCUACAAUUUUGGCUGACAAUGCUGGGUAUGAUUCCAGUGAGUUGGUUACUAAAUUAAGAUCUGCUAUAUAUAACGGUAUCACAACUUCUGGUUUAGAUUUGAAUAAUGGGAUUGUUGCUGAUAUGAGAGAGAUGGGAAUUGUGGAAUCUUAUAAAUUAAAGAAAGCUGUUGUAUCUUCUGCAGCUGAAGCUGCUGAAGUAUUAUUAAGAGUUGAUAAUAUUAUUCGUGCCAAACCACGUACCGCUGAUAGAAACCAUUGA